AUGUCGAAAAAGACUCAACAAUUGCAGCCGCGCAUGUCCCAAAGUGGUCCCUUCACCGUCGAAGCACCCGGUUACGAGCCUGUCAAGGGCGAAACAAUACCUCGAAGACAUCCUGACUCCAAGGACAAGCUGGUCACUACCCCCUCGGAAGAUGUCACAACCAUCUUUGAUAUCUUGAAGCGGAGCGCCGACAGGUUCGGGAAUGCCAAAGCCUUAGGCUCAAGGAAGUUGGUCAAGACCCACCAUGAGACGAAAAAGGUUAAGAAGAUGGUCGAUGGUAAGACAGAAGAGGUCAACAAGGACUGGUCUUUCUUCGAGUUGAGCGGCUACAGCUACAUCAGCUUCAGCGAGUACGAGAGGUUAGCUCUUCAGAUGGGAGCUGGUCUACGGAAACUUGGAAUGAUCAAAGGCGACCGCUUGCAAUUGUUUUCAGGCACAAGCGCCCACUGGCUUGCCAUGUCACAUGGUGCAGUCUCACAGUCAAUGCCAAUAGCCACGGCAUACGAUACAUUGGGAGAAGAAGGUUUGAAGCAUUCUCUUGUUCAGACAAAAGCGAAGGCUAUCUUCUGUGAUCCACAUCUACUCAAGACCCUGGUCAAUCCUCUGAAGGAAGCAAGAGAGAUCAAGUUCGUGAUCUACAAUGGAGACGGAGAAGUAAAGGAGGAGAACAUCAACAAGCUGAAGAGCACCUACGAUUAUCUGACAAUCCUUAGCUUCGAAGAGUUGAGGCAACUUGGCGAGAACAACCCGGUGGAUCCUGUACCCCCAGCGGCAGACGAUCUCUGCUGCAUUAUGUACACAUCUGGUUCCACUGGUGCCCCAAAGGGUGUUCUCAUCAAGCACAGCGCUGUUGUCGCAUCCAUUGCUGGUGUGACUACGAUCAUCGGCCAAUACAUCGGACCUGGAGACAGGCUGCUUACAUAUCUUCCUCAGGCUCAUAUUCUAGAGUUUGUCUUCGAGAACGCAUGCUUAUAUUGGGGCGGUACCAUGGGCUACGGCAGUCCCAAGACACUUUCCGAUACCUCCGUGCGCAACUGUAAGGGAGACAUCCGCGAAUUCAAACCGACCAUCUUGGUGGGUGUCCCAGCGGUCUGGGAGUCUGUGAAGAAAGGUGUCAUUGCCAAGGUAAACCAGUCGGGCAUGGUAGUGAAGAAUCUUUUCUGGAGCGCGCUUGCUGCAAAGAGUUUCCUGAUGUCUACCGGGUUGCCAGGAACAGCAAUUCUCGAUUCUGUGGUCUUCAAGAAGAUCAAGGAUGCGACUGGUGGUCAGCUGCGUGUCUGCAUGAACGGGGGUGGACCCAUCGCAAGGGAUACCCAACGCUUUAUCUCUCUGGCCAUCACUCCCAUGAUAUCGGGGUACGGCCUUACGGAGACAACUGCAAUGGGCGCUCUGAACGAUCCUAUGCACUGGACCGAUAACGCUCUGGGAGACAUUCCAUCUUCCGUCGAAAUCAAACUUGUUGACUUCCCAGACGCCGGAUACUUCGCCUCCAAUAAUCCACCUCAGGGCGAGGUCUGGAUUAGAGGACCUCCUGUCUUCCAAGGCUACUUCGAGAACGAGAAGGAGACAAAGGAAACCCUAACCGAUGAUGGUUGGUUCAAGACGGGCGACAUUGGCGAAUUCGAUAAGAACGGACACCUCAGAAUGAUUGACCGCAAGAAAAAUCUUGUCAAGACACUCAACGGUGAAUAUAUUGCUCUUGAGAAGCUGGAGUCUAUUUACCGUUCCGCAACAGUAGUGGCCAACAUCUGCGUCUAUGCUGCGACCGACAAAAAUAGACCUGUUGCAAUUAUCGUGCCCGCUGAGCCGGCUCUCAAGAAACUAGCGGAGGAGAACAGCAUUGAAGGCAACGGCAUUGAAGACCUUGUUCAUAGCAAAAAGUUGAACAGUAUCGUGUUGAAGGAGAUGCAGGCUGCUGGCAGAGGUGGUGGGUUGGCUGGCAUUGAGAUCAUUGACGGCGUGGUCUUGUCCGAUGAAGAGUGGAACUCAGCAAAUGGGUUGACUACAGCUGCACAGAAGAUUAACCGUAGAGCUCUUGUGUCGAAGUAUCAGAAGGAGAUUGACAGGGUUUAUGCGGGGGGAAAUUGA